AAUGUCAUGGCAAUCCAUCGCAUGCUCAUCCUCGUGUCUUUGAGCCUGCUGCUACACCUAUGCGUGGCGGAGGAAGCCGCCAGCCACGCAGAAGAAGCACAAGCACAAGCACUCCUCCGAUGGAAGUCCACUCUGCUCAACUCCUUCUCUUUGUCCUCGUGGUCGCACACCACACCGACCUGUUCUUGGUUCGGAGUAACAUGUGAUGCCCACGGCCGUGCUACCCAGCUCAAGCUUUCAUCAUGCAACCUCAGUGGCACUCUUGACGCCUUGUACUCCGCCGCGCUCGGUAGCCUUACCGAGCUCGGCUUUUACGGGAACAACCUCGUCGGCACCAUCCCGGUGAGCAUAUCCCUACUACUCAACCUCACCUAUCUGGACUUGAUGAGCAACAACCUUGUUGGUCCCAUACCCUACCAAUUCAGCAAACUCAAGCACUUGAUGUACCUUGAUUUGUCUAGCAACAGGCUAUCUGGGCUGAUACCACGUCCGCUCUCAGUGCUCACAGCACUAGAGUCUCUGAACCUUGGACAAAACAAUCUUACAGGAGGAAUCCCAGAGGAGCUCGGGAUGCUGCAUAGUUUGGCUCAGCUUGAACUGAACAACAACUCGUUCUUCGGACCGAUCCCAGCGUCACUUGGGCAGCUUAGGAUGCUAGAAUAUCUGGACAUAAGUGGAAAUCAUUUAGGUUCAACCAUCCCUUCCGAGCUGGGAAACCUUACCCGUCUCAUCAACAUAGACCUGUCCUGGAACAAGCUUUGUGGAGGUUUGCCCACAACCUUUUCCAGGUUGUGGCACCUGGAAUCGUUUGUAAUGGGGAACAACAAUCUCGACGGCACUGUUCCACCAGACUUCUUCACAAACUGGACCAACUCCCUCACAAGGUUUGAUAUAGCAAACAACUCUUUCAUCGGAAGCAUCCCACCGGAGAUUGUUCGGUGGGAGAAUCUGUCUAGGCUGUACCUCUCUGGCAACAUUUUCACCGACAUGAUCCCCACUGAGCUAGUAAGCAUGCAACACUUGGAAAUAUUGGACCUGUCCAAUAACCAUCUUAAUGGUGUGAUACCAUCAGAGAUUGGCAACUUGUCAUGGUUAGUAAUCCUGGACCUUAGCUCCAACCAGUUGGAGGGCAAGAUUCCUACUAUGAACCCCGACACUGGAGGUAACUAUUCCAUGUUUUUUGCUAGUCUAAUAUCCUUGUCUGGAAACAAAUUUACAGGUAUUAUUGACUGGAGUUUUUGUCAGCUACCUUAUUUACAGUCCUUGGAUCUAUCAGACAAUCUGUUGUCUGGAGUUAUCCCUAAUUGCCUUUGGAGCUUGCCAAAUCUUGCGUACCUAGAUUUGUCAAGCAAUGCUAUUGAUGGAGAAGUUCCACUCUCAGUACACAAUAUUUCUGCACUGUAUUCACUACAUCUAUCUAACAACCGCUUCACAGGGUGCUUUCCCUCUAUUGUAAGGAACUACAGAAACCUAAUAACUCUAGAUCUUGGUGGCAACAAGUUUUCCGGGGUAAUUCCUACUUGGAUAGGGGCAAGCAAUCCUUCGCUCAGGGUUCUCCGACUACGAUCAAAUAUGUUCCAAGGAAGUAUUCCUCAUGAGGUUACACAACUCAUUCAUCUCCAAAUACUUGACCUAGCUGAAAACAAUCUGACAGGCUGCGUACCAGUUAGGUUUGCUAGCUUUACUCACAGGAAAUGGCCAGAACGGACCUCGCUAGGGAUGGAUCUGAGUUCUGUGUACUACUCAAUUGAUGGCCAGCUUGACAUAAUUUGGAAGGGGCAAGAUUAUACUUUCCAUAGAGCAAUUUGGCUUAUGACUGGCAUUGAUCUAUCAAGCAACUCUCUUUCCGGUGAGAUCCCCGCAGAACUACUUAAUCUUCAAGAAAUUCGGUUCCUCAACUUGUCUAGAAAUAACUUAUCCGGUGGUAUCCCAAACAACAUUGGCAACAUGAAAGAUAUGGAGUCCCUUGAUUUCUCUUGGAAUAAGCUCUCAGGUCCCAUUCCAUCAAGCAUAUCAGAUUUGAUGUGCUUGAGCUCACUUAAUCUCUCCAACAACCUUCUUUCAGGAGAAAUACCUGAUGGUAAUCAGCUUCAAACGCUCAAUGACCCAUCGAUUUAUAGCCAGAACCAAGGGCUCUGCGGCCGCCCUCUGAGCAUCGCAUGUACCAAUGGUUCAAGUGGUACAACAACACUAUACGGGGUAAAGGAGCAUCAACAAGAACUUGAUGCUGUCUGGCUGUACUACUCAGUGGUCGCUGGAAUUGUCUUUGGUUCUUGGCUAUGGUUUGGAACAUUAUUUUUCUGGAAGCAUUGGAGGUUCACUUUUUUCCAUUCCAUCGACGCCGUGCAGCAAAAAGUUGCGCAGAAGUUGAAGCAUAUAUAUUGA